AUGACAUCUCAAAAUCAAAAUACUGACGAACUCGCCUCUCUCGCUUGCUAUCUACCAAGUAUACGAAAUGCGACGGCUCCUACCAAAUCAAAACGCCGAAUGUGUUCGCGCAUCAAUUGCGAUGCGCAAAAGGUCAAGAAUAUUUUCAAGGAUGAUGAAAUUGGCGCAAAGAAUCUGCUUCAGGCAGCCUGGGCGAUGGUUCUUUACCAUUACACUGGUAUGGAGGAGGUAUGCUUUGGGUACGAUGAAUUUGACAUGGCUGUUUCCGCGCGCAGGCCGGGGCCAUCGGCAGUCAAAUUUCGCGUUGACCCAGGUGCGCAAUUAUGUGGUGUUCUAAAAGGUAAGGAAGGUAAGUAUGGGAACUCUUUGCGCAAGCAGGCAGACGAAGGAAAUGCGAAAUCGCAACUCCAUUACAACACCGCGGUGAUGUUUCAAAUUCGCAACUCAUCGGACAACGCUUUCAGUCCUACGGCUUUGGCAUCUCAACAGGCUGCAAUGUCUCUACCAGAAAAGUGCAAAUUUCGUAUUUUGGCCAAGUAUACGAACGGCGCAUUCAGCGUCUUUCUUGAAUACAAGCAUCCGGAUGUAUCAGCCAACUUCGCUUCUAUUGUAUCGGAAACUUUCUCGCGCAUGCUUCACGGCCUCCUCGAAGAAAGUCCAUGCACUGUUCAGGACUUGAGUAAGAUCACCGAUAGUGACAUGCGACAAAUAAUGAAAUGGAAUGCCGUGCGCCCGGAAAUUGUUGAAAGAUGCAUACACAGUGUUAUUGAAGAUCAGGUUCAAUUGAACCCGGAGAAAGAGGCUGUAUGCGCUUGGGAUGGGUCUCUUACCUACUUUGAACUCAACCAGCAAGCCUCCGUACUGGCGCGACAUCUUUUGACACUUGGCGUGCGCGCAGAAAGGCGCGUUGCCCUGUGUUUUGACAAAUCGAAAUGGAACGUUGUGGCCAUGUUGGCCAUAUUAAAAGCUGGUGGUGCUUUCGUCCCAUUAGAUCCGUCUCAUCCGAUAGCUCGAAUAGAGUCGUUGGUCAAAGAGGUGGAGGCCAACAUAAUCAUUUGCUCUACUGGUUAUUCUUCACGUUUGGUAUCGGCAGCUGAACAUGUUCUGUGUAUCGAUGCUGAGCAUAUGGAAAGGCUGGAGGCAGAAAAUAUAGCCUCAAAACAUGAUGAUCUCGCUACCUCAACAAAUAGCACCAAUGCUGCUUAUGUACUGUUUACGUCGGGCUCAACGGGCAAACCAAAGGCCACCGUCAUUGAACACCAAGCUUUCUGUUCCGGAGCUCAUGCUCAUGGUCCAGUAUUGUUGAUCGAAUCCGAUUCGCGUGUCCUCCAAUUUGCUGCUCACACUUUUGAUGCCAGUUUGGUGGAGAGUCUGACACCCCUGAUGCGUGGGGCUUGUGUAUGCAUUCCCAGCGAAGAAUCCAGACUAAACGGCAUCGUCUCCGCAAUCAAUGAAUUACGAGUCAAUCACGGCUUCCUAACGCCAUCCUUCGUGCGGUUUCUCACGCCAGCCGAUGUGCCAAAUAUCACUCGGCUAGUUUUGGCGGGAGAAGCCCUAACACAGGCCAACAUCAAAACUUGGUCGUCAAUCAAGCUGAUCAACGGAUACGGUCCAACAGAAAGUUCAGUUGCGGCAGUGAUCAAUGCCAAUAUAACAGAGGAGACAGCAUCUCACGAUAUUGGAUUUCCGGUUGGCGUAAGAUGUUGGGUGGUCGACCCUGAGGAUCAUGACGUGCUCCUUCCCGUUGGAUGUACGGGUGAGCUGCUUCUCGAGGGCCCAUCACUGGCACGCUGUUACCUCAACAACCCCGAGAAAACAGCACAGUCUUUCAUCUUUAAUCCAUCAUGGUCACAAGAGACUGGAAUAAAUAUUGGUCAGUGUCGUUUUUACAAGACUGGAGAUUUGGUUCGCUACAAUUCUGAAGCUGGCUCGUUUGAUUUCGUAGGACGGAAGGACACGCAAGUGAAAUACCACGGCCAACGAAUUGAGCUGGGAGAAAUUGAAUCAAAUCUCAUCAAACAUCCAACCCUCAAGCAUGGACUUGUACUUCUUCCGAAGGCUGGUCCUGCUGCACAGAAGCUUGUCGCAAUUAUGUCUUUUAGCGAGGACAGCAUCGGGGACUUGCCGGCAAAUCCAUCCCCCUUGAAAGUGCUCGAUAUUCCUAACCGACAAGGCUACAUCUCUGCCAUUCGGGAAGCCAUGGCUACCAUCUUACCUACCUACAUGAUUCCGUCUAUAUGGCUCUGUAUCGAGGCAUUCCCGGUGCUUACUUCCCACAAGCUGGAUCGAAAGACCGUAUCACAUUGGGUCGAUACCCUGCCAGAGGAGAUCUUGGAGACUUUCAGACCAGCCUCUAACGAGCGGAGCGAUACCCUGGACAGCGACAUAACCGAGACGGAAGCUAGCUUGCGCCAAUUAUGGAGUGACGUGCUCAACAUUCCCCUGUCGAAGACUAGCCUGCAUCAUAGCUUCUUGAGUCUGGGUGGUGAUUCAAUCACAGCCAUGACGUGCAUGAAUCGAUGCAAACAAAGAGGCAUUGGGCUGACUGUGCAGGACAUUCUUCGCAGCACAUCUAUCCGGGAGCUUGCAAAAUACGUCAAACUGGUGGCUGUUCAAAACGAAUAUCGAGAGGACGUUGAUAUGCCUUUCGAUCUAUCGCCAAUACAGAAAUUGCAUUUCGAGGCCCGGGAUGAUAAUUCUGGACACUUCAAUCAGAGCUUCUUCCUCCGAGUAAACCAGGCUAUUACACCUCAGAACCUUGAGGAUGCAAUCAAAGUGAUUGUCAGUCGCCAUUCAAUGCUACGUGCUCGAUUCUUUUACGAUGAGUCAAAGAAACAAUGGCAGCAGCGUUUGACCGACCACAAUCAAGUUUCCCAUCGAUUCAAUGUCCAUACAUCGUCUUCCCGAGCACAAGUCAAGAAUGCCAUUGCUGACAGUCAAGCGGGCCUUAACGCCGUGAGUGGCCCUGUUGUGGCAAUUGACCUGUUCCAGAUGAACGAUCGGAGUCAGUUGCUAUCCCUAAUUGGUCAUCAUCUGAUAGUUGACCUUGUAUCCUGGCGCGUAAUCCUCGAAGAUUUGGAGGAGUUACUUCUUCAUCCUCAGUCAAGUUCACUGCUCCCUCCUACACUUCCUUACCAGAGCUGGAGCCGUCUUCAGUGGGACCAGAUUUCCGGUCUUGGAGAACAAAAUCCCUCGACAGCACAAAACGUGCCACUUGGUGAUUUAUCAUAUUGGGGUAUUACAGACGCCGAGAAUACUUACGGUCAAGUCUCAUGCGAAGGUUUUGAGAUUGAUGCGGAGACUACAUCAAUACUACUGAAUGAGGCCAACUCGCCAGUGCGAACCGAGGCCGUUGAUAUUCUAGUUGCUGCAUUGUUACACUCUUUUGGAAAGAUUUUCACUGAUCACGAGCUCCCAGUCAUAUACAAUGAAGGUCAUGGGCGUGAGCCCUGGGAUAAUUCGAUUGAUGUUUCGCGAACAGUCGGAUGGUUCACCAUAAUUCACCCCAUUUUCGUGCAAGCAACCGCUCUUCGAGAUUGGAUCGACACUCUUGUACAAGUGAAAGAUUGUCGCCGGCGCGUCAAAGACAAUGGAAGAGAGUACUUCGCUAGGAGUAUUCUUGGCGGCGAGAAUAUAAAAGCAUUCAAGCCCAUGGAAAUUACCUUCAACUAUUUGGGCCGAUAUCAACAACUUGAAAAAACCGGAGCUCUCUUCAGUCCUGUUGAAGGCCUAGCUGGUGAGACAAGUCAAGGAGGAGGAGCAGCCGAUUUUGCAAAGACCACGCCGCGUUUUGGCUUGUUUGAGAUAUCUGCUGUGAUAGUUCAGGAUAUCCUUAGGUUUACUUUUUCGUUUAAUGGAAACAUGCGACAUCAAGAGAGGAUCCGGCAAUGGGUUACAGACUGCCAGAAUACGCUGUCGCAGAUGACGAAGGAUUUGGUCUUACUUCAACAUCAACCAACACUCAGUGAUUAUCCGCUCCUGUCGUUGGACUACUCAGACCUUCAAAUCCUCAUGACCGAAAGGUUACCUGCGUUGGGUUUGAAAUCGCUUGAUGAAGUUGAAGACAUCUAUCCUUGCUCCCCUAUGCAGCGUGGUUUGCUUUUAUCCACUACUCGAGAUAUUUCAUUUUACGCCGCUCGAGGAACCUACGAAGUCAAGGCCAACAAUGGAAAUUCAAUAGACGCAAAACUUCUCUCUCGAGCUUGGCAGCAGCUGGUUGACCGACACGCAAUGCUUCGUACUGUCUUCGUGGAAAACCUCACCUCGGAAGACCUGUAUUCUCAGAUCGUACUUCGCAAAUAUGCCUGCUCAAUUAAUAUUCUUCGCUGCACCGAUGAAGAUAAUGUUCAAACUGUUCUUGACAUCCACCCCAUGCAACCAAAUAGACGAAAACCACUGCAUCAAUUCACCAUAUGUGUCACGGAGACUGGGAAGGUCUUUUGUCGACUUGAACUAAGUCAUGUUAUCAUGGAUGGAGUGUCGAUUUCUAUUAUGUUACGCGACCUUGAAAAGGCGUACAGUGGAAACCUACAAACAAGUCCCAAACCACUUUUCAGUAACUUCGUUUCGUACCUGCAAGCACAACCUAAAGCUGCUUCAAUGAAUUACUGGAAAUCCUAUCUUUCUGGUGUUGAACCAUGUCACAUGCCCGUUCUUAAUGAUGGGUCAUCCUCAAGGCAGUAUAACACACUCCGACUGGAUUUCCAAAGGCUUGGUCUUCUACAAUCUACAUGUGAGAAGCACGGCUUGACCAUCGCGAAUGCACUUCACGCAGCAUGGGCCCUCACACUUCGCUGCUAUACAGGAUGCAAUGACGUCUGCUUUGGUUAUUUGCUAUCAGAACGAGAUCUCCCUCUCGAUAUGAUCGAAGACACUGUGGGUCCAAUGAUAAAUAUGCUUGCUUGCCGGGUCAAUAUGUCCUCAGAAUCCGUUCUUAUGCGUCUGGUCGAAGGUAUCCAGGAAGACUACAUGGAGAGCGCGCCCUUCAAACAUAUCUCACUAGCAGAUGUCCAGCACGGAUUAAAUCUCUCAGGCACAGCCCUCUUCAACACAUGUCUGUCGUAUCGGAAACUUCCAUCCGCAGAGUCUGGUCAACAGCCAGCUAUCCGGUUUUCUGAAUGUGGAGGCUUACACGACCCUACUGAAUACUUGGUAACGAUCAAUGUCGAGGCCUCAGAUACGGAUGCUGUAAUUGACCUGGAUUUCUGGACGGAUAUGCUUUCUCAGGCACAAGCUAGGAACAUUGCAGAUACGUUUAUACGUGCGCUUGAAAACAUGAUAGAACAACCAGAAGCUCAAUUGGGCCAGCUGAACCACGUUCCUGCAAGCAACUGGCAACAAAUUGCUGAAUGGAAUAAGGCUAUGCCAGAAACGAUUGAAAUGUGUAUUCAUGAGGCUUUCAAACAACAAGUGCGACUGAGCCCCGAAGCACCUGCAAUCUGUGCCUGGGAUGGUGAAUUUACAUACUCCCAGGUUGAUUCUAUGUCUACUCGUUUAUCAUACUAUCUUAUAAACUUCGGGGUCAUGCCAGAAUCGUUUGUGGCACUGUGCUUCGAUAAAUCAGCUUACACGAUCAUCGCUAUGAUCGCGGUCCUAAAAGCAGGCGGAGCUUGUGUUCCGUUAGAUGCUGGACACCCGAAAGCUGCUUUGGAGCUUCGAGUCCUCGAAACAGGCGCCCAAGUUGUUCUUUCUUCGCCGUCCCGUACUCAUCUCCUUGAUGAUGUUGUGCCUUACGCUAUUCCAGUUGAUGAAACACUUUUCACCCAGAUUGAAGAUAUUGACCCAUUCGAUAUAACUGAAGCGUCUCCUGAAAAUGCUGCUUUUGUCAUCUUCACCUCUGGGAGCACUGGGAAGCCUAAAGGUGUCGUUCUUGAACAUCGCAAUCUGGUUACUAGCGCUGCUGCCCACGGUGCAUCUAUAGGAAUAGAUGAGUCAACGAGAAUUCUUCAAUUUGCUUCAUACUCGUUUGACAACAGUCUAGAAGAAAUCUUCACGACUCUGAUGAGAGGCGGUUGUGUUUGCGUUCCAUCUGAGGAUGACAGAAUGAACAACCUAGCCAAAGCCAUGAACGACCUGGAUGUUAACUUCGCUGAUAUGACAGCCACAGUUGCCGCUUUUUUGAAUCCUUCAGAUGUUCCAAAACUGAAAGGGCUAGCUAUUGGCGGAGAGGCCCCCACCAAGGAGAUCAUGGAGACAUGGUGUAGUGUCUUACGAUUACAAAACAUAUAUGGUCCUACAGAAUGUUCCAUCAACUCUUGCCACAAUCCAGAUGUUGGUGUUUCGAGCGAUGUGACAAAUAUUGGACGCGCUGUGGGAUGUGUCUCCUGGGUUGUUGACGCAAAUGAUCACAACAACUUGGUACCGAUUGGCUGCAUUGGAGAGCUGUUGAUAGAAGGUCCAAUUCUUGCUCGGCACUACCUUCAUAAUCCAGAGAAGACACAACAGAGCUUCAUCGAGGAUCCAUCCUUUAUGGUGUCACUGGCGGAGAAGAAUGUUGAUACGACCAUGUUUCCACCCACUGGGCACAGAAUGUACAAAACUGGCGACUUGGUUCGGUACAAUUCCGAUGGAUCCCUAGUGUAUCUCGGGAGAAAAGACACUCAAAUCAAAUUGAAUGGUCAGAGAAUAGAACUAGGUGAGAUUGAACAUCGUAUUCAGAGUGCCCUCCCUUCCGACAGUCAAUGUUCUGUUGAUCUCAUUGUUCGUCGCAAUGGGGAAACCACUUCAAAAGUCUUGGUGGCUUUUGUUUGCCUUCAAAGUGAUAGCAAGAAGCCGACACAAAGCGAUGCAGACUUUAUCCUGUCAAUGACACAAUCUUUCCAGUCAAUAGUCUUGAACGUAAAAUCGGAGAUCUCAUCCCAAAUCCAGAGUUACAUGGUCCCAAAUGUCUAUAUACCAGUGUCAUGCUUUCCUAUGACAUCGUCCGGCAAGCUCAACAGACGUCUACUUCGCACGACAGCGGAAGAACUACUGGUACGAGAUGCAUCAACCUACCGUUUGGGUGGUAGAAGUGGGCUAGAACCUUCGACAGAUACCGAAAAAGUACUGCAGAACUUAUGGUCGACGCUUUUGUCUGUAGAUGCCUCAAACAUUAGCGCAGAUGAUACAUUUUUCAGACACGGGGGUGAUUCAAUAUCUGCAAUGAGGCUCGUCGCAGCUGCUCGAAGGCAAGGAUACUCGAUCAGCGUUGCCGAUAUCUUCCAGGCGCCGAAGCUCUCUGAGAUUGCACAGAAAUUGGUACCGGUGUCUAAAUCUAGUGCUAAUGAGACUGUUGUGAGAAUUGUGCCGUUUUCAUUGCUUGACAAGAGUAUUUCUGUUGCCGACAUCAAGAAUGAAAUCUGUGGUACUUGCAAUAUAUCACUGGAACAAAUCGAAGAUAUUUUGCCGUGCAGUGCAAUUCAAGAAGGCUUGAUCGCAUUAUCCAGCACUCAACAGGGAUCAUAUGUCACGCAGAAUAUUUAUGAUCUGCCGGAUUCCAUCAACAUUGAAAGAUUCAAAGCAGCUUGGCAAAGGUUAUAUCAGAACGAAAGCAUACUACGAACUCGAAUCCUCCAUUCCAAGAACAAUGGCUUCCUUCAAGUGGUUCUGCGGGAAGAACCAGAAUGGACUUCUAGUCAACCUCUUAGUCGUUCAGUCCCGGGCUCAAAUGGAGGGCGUUUGUCUCAGUACACUAUCAUUCAAGACACAUCAGGCAAGUUGCGGUUCAUAUGGACGGCUCAUCAUGCCAUCUAUGAUGGCUGGAGUAUUCCAAAGCUCUUCAACAAGCUCCAGAGGUACUAUGAACAUAGCAGCUUGGCCAUUGAACACAACCCUUGCUCUUACUCUCACUUUAUCGAGUACGCGUCUCGUAUAGAUGCCGAUGAACGGAAGGCUUUCUGGGUUCAGCAGCUCGAUGGUUUUUCGGCGGUUCAAUUUCCAGCACUGCCUAAUGCAUCCUACAAAUCAAACCCGAAAAUUCGAGAAACCCUAAAAUUCAACCUGCCGGAACAGCGACCCACGGAAGUCACUCUGCCAUCUCUGAUCCGAGCAGCAUGGGCCCUUACUAUUUCAACAUACUCGUACUCCGAGGAUAUCGUGUUCGGCGAGAUCAUGACAGGGCGCGAUAUACCCGUUCCCGGAAUCGAUGAUAUGAUCGGUCCUGCAUUAUCAAUACUGCCUAUGAGAUUGCAAUUGGACUUGAGUCUCACCAUUGCUCGAUUUUUGCAGCAAACACAAGCACAGGCAACUUCAAUUAUCCCCUAUCAGUCCGCUGGAUUGCAAAAUAUUCAAGGAUUCAGUCACGAUGCUAAGUCGGCAUGUGAAUUUCAAACUCUAUUCUCCAUUGCUCACGGUGAAAGUGAUGAUGUGGAAGGAGUUAUGAAAUUCUUGAGUGCAAAUUCAGGGGAUACGAACUUCUUUACGUACCCGCUAAACGUGUCGUGCUUUAUUUGGGAGUCAGAUCUUGAAGUCCAAAUUCAGUUUGACAAUCAUGUCAUCCCACUUCCCCAAUUGAAGAGAGUUAUGGGUCAAUUCGAGGCUACUCUGCAUAAGCUGUGUUCUGCAGGCCAGGAGGAAAGACUAAGCGGUCUUCAAAUGAUAAGCAGCGCUGGCAUCUCGAAAGUCCAGGAAUGGAACUUACAAUUGACUUUGAAGAGGGUUGAUCGGUGUAUUCACGAUAUCAUCGACGACAAUAUCCAGUCGCAUCCUGAUGCUUUGGCCAUCGAUUCUUGGGAUGGAACUUUUACUUAUCAACAACUUGGGCGCUAUGCGACAGCUCUAGCUCAUCACCUAAGAAACCUCAUCGGCAAAGACAAGGAGCAAUUCAUACCGAUAUGUUUCGAAAAGUCGUCAUUUGCUGCUAUCUCUAUGUUAGCAACUAUGAAAGCUGGUUAUGCAUUUGUCCCCAUUGACCCUCAGCAUCCCAAAGCUCGGCGCCAGGAAAUUAUUUCGGAUAUUGACGCCAAGGUGAUACUUUGCUCUCCUCAGUACGUCUCUUCAUGUCAAGAGGUAGUCAAUCACGCUGUUGCUGUUGAUAUGAAUCUACUCCUAUCACUUCCGGAACCAAAGAAGGCGCUUGGGAAGUAUGAUUCAAGUACUGCGGCAUAUGUUAUAUUUACAUCUGGAAGCACUGGAAAACCAAAGGGUUGUAUCAUUGAACAUGCCGGCUUCUGCUCCGGAGCUGUCAAGAACGGUCCAGCAUUCUCCUUUUCACCAACUUCGCGCGUCCUCCAAUUUGCAUCCUAUACAUUUGACGCCAGUAUUCUCGAAAUUCUGACUGUGCUCGUAAUGGGAGGGUGCACAUGUAUCCCUCAUGAGAGUACUCGACUCAACGGCAUUGCCAAGUUCAUCAACGAAAAGAACGUCAAUACCGCUCUUCUCACGCCAAGCAUGGCACAAACCAUCAAUCCGACCGAAGUUCCAUACCUUCAGAAUUUAGCUCUUGUGGGCGAGGCAAUGACACCGAACCAUAUUGCCUUGUGGGCGAAUGAACUUCAGCUGAUCAACGGAUAUGGGCCGACCGAAACAUCGAUUGUUGCUGCUACAAAACCACGUAUGACUCUGGAAACUGAUUCAUCUAAUAUCGGAACGCCUGUUGGAAAUGCUUGGAUUGUCGAUCCGCGAAAUCAUGAUAGAUUGAUGCCAGUCGGUGCGAUAGGCGAACUGCUAAUUGAGGGCCCAACGCUAGCAAGAGGAUAUCUCAACAAUGAGGAGAAGACUCGGGAAGUGUUCAUCAGAAAUCCAACAUGGAGUAUUAUCGCGGGUAGUCCUCAAGUGCGAAGAAUGUACAAGACUGGUGAUCUAGUCAAAUAUGCUCCUGACAACUCCGGAGAAUUGCUCUACGUGGGAAGGAAAGAUAGUCAAGCUAAGCUCCAUGGACAACGACUUGAACUCGGAGAGAUUGAGCAUCACCUCAAUGGCGACAACGACGUUCUGAAUGCCAUUGCGCUUUUGCCGAAGAUAGGUAGAUAUUCGAAGAAGCUAGUUGCUGUGAUAUCAUUGCGUGAUUUCUCAACAGCUUCUGAUAACACCACGUUGAACAUCGUGACAGAUAAGCUGGCGUUUGAAAAGCUUCAUCUCAUUCAAGACAGACUGCGAGAAAAAGUCCCUGCUUACAUGACUCCCUCAACCUGGGUCAUUUUGCAACAUUUGCCUUUGCUACCGUCUGGAAAGUUGGAUCGGAAAUUGGUUACUCAAUUCAUUGAAAAUAUUGACGAUGCCACUUUUAAGAAACUCACUGCAGCAGAUCAAAAUAGAUCUCCGGGCAAGGUUUUGGUUAUUACACAAACAGAGGCUACUUUGAGAGACAUAUGGGCCUCAGUUCUAAAGCUUUCUACCGAGAGCAUCAGUUUAGAUAGGUCAUUCCUUCAUAUGGGCGGCGACAGCAUGUCAGCAAUGGCGGUAAUGUCUAGAUGUCGAACCCAGAAUCUGGGAGUGACUGUAGAGAAUAUUAUCACCUGCAAAUCAAUCCGAAAACUCGCUUGCAUGGUUACAUUGCCUCAAAAGGCUGCACAUACUGAGGAGAGUUAUCAGGAAUUUGACCUCUCGCCAAUUCAAAGCCUCUACUUCCGAUGCAUGAGUGGGCAAACAAGCCAUUUCAAUCAAAGUAUCAUGAUUGAUCUCACGAGCUCCGUGUCGAAUGAUCAGGUACAAAGCGCAAUGUCGAAAUUGGUUUCUGUGCACUCGAUGCUGCGAGCUCGGUUUUCUCGAGACGGAAAUGGUAUAUGGAAGCAACGUAUUCUACAGGAUGCUCAGUCAUCCUAUGGUUUCCGUAUUGUUGAAUAUUUUGAUCCAGACGAACUUGCCGAGGAAGUCGAAGAGACGCAGAAAUCUUUGGAUAUAAUACAUGGACCCGUUAUGGCAGCAACGUUCUUCGAAGAUGAUACUGCAAAAUCGAAGCUUUUUAUUUGUGCCCAUCAUCUUGUUGUUGAUGUGAUUUCAUGGGGUAUUAUUGUACAGGAUCUGGAAGAUCUACUUCAAGGUCGCCAGGUUGCGGGUGACCAAAGCGUUUCAUUCCAGAGGUGGUGCAGACUUCAAUUGGACUACGUCAAGGAAAAGAAAAAUACCGAUCUGCUACCACUAGAUGAUAUUCGAGCUGCGGAAAUGGACUUUUGGGGCAUGAAAGACAUGCCAAACACUCAUGGCAAUGUCGUGGUGGAGGAAAUUGAGCUUGAUUCAACUACCACUGAUGCUUUGUUGGCGAUUAUUAACGGUCCCCUCAACUGCGACAUUGUUGACGUCUUGUUGGCUGUAUUACUACUAUCUUUCCACCGCGUAUUUUCCAGUCGCAAGUCCAUGCCAUGCAUUUUCAAUGAGGGUCAUGGUCGUGAACCCUGGGAUCCUAGCAUUGACCUCUCCAGAACAGUGGGUUGGUUCACCACCAUGAGCCCGGUUCACUUGCCAACAGACUUUAACAUCGAAAAUGGAAACGAUAUACAUAAAUGCAUCGGCUGGGUCAAGGCACUUAGACGAAGAACACCUGGAAAAGGAAUGCCAUACUUUGCCCAGCGACUACUGACAUGGGAAGGAAGCGAAAAGUAUCGUCACCACUGGCCGAUGGAAAUGACUUUCAAUUACUUGGGUCAACACAAGGAAGUCAAAGAAUCAGAGAUUCUCUUGCAACUCACCAAUGGCACCGGGCAAACGGUCAACUCAGCGUCUGAUAUUGGACCUGAUGUUCCUCGCUUCUCGCUGAUUGAGAUCUCUGCGGCAAUAGUUAACGGGAGUAUGAGCAUGUCAAUUUUGUACAACAAGUCCAUGAAGAAACAAGAAAGUAUACGCCAAUGGAUUGAAUACUGCAAAGAUAUGAUCUGCCAGGUUCCGAUGGUCUUAUCCCAAAAGAGGACCAUGCCAAGCUUGGCUGAUUUCCGCCUCCUCCCACUUUCCUACAACGGCAUUGAUCAGAUCACACGCAGCUUGCAGAAUGCCGGAAUAACAUCUUUUGACAAUAUACAUGAUAUUUACCCAUGUUCAUCAAUGCAACAUGGAAUACUUCUCAGUCAACUCAUGGACCCCAAAACAUAUGCUUACCGUGCUAUCUUUGAGGUUGACCUACCUUCCUUACACGGAAAACUGGAUGUUCAGAGACUAGCUACUGCAUGGCAGAGCGUUGUCGACCGUCAUACAUCUCUCAGGACAACUUUCAUUGAUGGUAAUCACGAAGCUUCUCUUAUGGAUCAGGUAGUCUUCAAGUCCUGCCGUGCCAACAUCGAUGUCUUGGAAGCUGCCGAAGAAGACGCUAGAAAAAUGCUCGCAGGGCUCCCUGACAUGAAUUUCAAGAAUGGCAACCAGCUCCACCGUCUUGCUAUUUGCACAAAUAAAACCGGGAAAUUCUUUUGUCGCUUUGAUAUUAGCAAUGGUAUUGCUGAUGGAACUUCCAUGCCAAUAAUUUUCCGCGAUCUAUCGCGGGCUUAUAUGGGACUCGCGCCAGUUACUGAAAGACAACCACAAUACAGUGACUUUGUUGCGCAUCUACUAUCCAAGCCAAAGGAAAAGGGUGUGGCUUAUUGGAAAAAGUACCUCGAAGGAAGUGAGCCGUGUUUAUUCCCAUCACUUAUUAAUGACCAGCAAAAGGAAAAGUCUCUGGGUUCUGAGAUCAUCAUAUUGAAAAACAACCCGGCUAUUAAAGAACUUUGCAAGAACAUGGGCAUCACCAUGUCCUCUUUGUUCCAAUUCGUGUGGGCAAUGGUUUUACGAACCUAUACUGGAUCUGAUGAAGUGUGUUUUGGCUAUAUAAGUUCAGGUCGCGACGUCCCAAUGCAGAAUAUCGAGGAGGCUGUGGGGGCAUUUAUCAACAUGCUUAUUUACAAGAUUCAUUUGACGGACGAUCUACCUUUGAUGAAGGCACUUAAGAAGACUCAAAGGGACUUUAUCAAAAGCAUGGAACACCAAGCCGUGUCACUUGCAGAGGUGCAACAUGCCCUCGGUCUGGCAGAUACUCCGCUAUUCAACACAGCGUUCACUUUCCAGCGACGCAGUGGCCUUGAAGUAGACUCGACACCUAUGCUGUCGUUCAAGUCUUUCGAUUCUCACGAUCCCAGCGAGUACAAAAUUGCCGUCAAUAUUGAAAUGAUGGACUCCAUCACGGAGAUUCAUUUCAGCUUCUGGGAGGAUUACUUGUCUAGCGCUCAAGUCAAGAACGUCGCCGACACAUUUGAACAAAUCAUCAAUGAGAUUACGACCCUCGCCGGUCAUGACAAGACAAUCGGUAAUAUUAAUACUACUGGAUCGCUCAGUUGCCGGAAUGUGCGUCAAUGGAACAAUAUACCACCUACAAAAGUAGAGCGGUGCGUCCAUGACAUGAUAGAAGAACAGGCCCGGACUCGACCAGCUUUGACUCAAGCUGUGGAGGCUUGGGACGCAAAGUUUACUUAUCGAGAACUUGACUCUCAUGCCAACCGUCUAGCAAAUGUCCUUGUCAGCCAAGGCAUAGGGCCUGAAGUUAUUGUUCCGCUUUGUUUUGACAAAUCCGCAUGGGCAAUUGUUGCGCAAAUCGCUGUCCUCAAGGCGGGUGGCGCUUUCGUGUCCCUCGACCCGUCACACCCUGAGGAUAGACUGAAGAGCUUGAUUGAGGAGGUCAAUGGCCGCGUUGUGUUAUCUUCGGCCCAGCAAUACGACAAGAUCUCGAAGAUAGUUCCUAAUACCAUCAUUGUGAAUGACAGGAGUUUGUCACGACUACCACAAGUGACCUACUCACCACGAACGUCUGUGAGCCCAACAAACAGUGCAUAUAUUAUAUUCACAUCAGGAUCAACCGGAAAGCCAAAGGGAACUGUCAUUGAACAUGGUCAAUUCUGCACAGGCGCUCUGGCGCAUGGCGCCGCUCUUCAUAUGAAUUCCGAGACUAGGUCAUAUCAAUUCGCCAACUACACUUUCGAUGCCUCGAUCCUUGACAUACUAACUGUUCUCAUCUUGGGUGGUUGCAUUUGCGUACCUGAUGCCGAAGAGCGUAUGAACGAUGUUGCGGGCAGUAUUACCCGUCUAAGUGCCAACUGGAUGUGUAUCACACCUUCGGUAGCUAGUACGUUGAAACCAGAGAGUAUCCCGACAAUGAAGGUCAUUGCCAUGGGUGGAGAAAAGAUGACCCCUGGCGCUAUCGAAAAAUGGUCAAAAUCAGUAUGUCUUGUGGAAGCAUAUGGACCUAGCGAGUGCGCUGUAGUCUGUGCUGCCGGCGACAAAGUCGAUCAGUCAGGUCAGAUUGUCAAUUUUGACCCUGCUGUUAUUGGAAAAGCCGUCGGCAGUCGGUCUUGGGUUGUGGAUCAACACAACUGUAACCGCCUGGUUCCCGUGGGUGCCAUCGGUGAAUUGAUGAUUGAAGGGCAUAUUGUUGGUCGUGGGUACUUGAAUAACGAGAAAAAAACAAAGGAGGCCUUUAUACAAGACCCGAUCUGGGCAGCCGACGCCAGACUCAAUGGUUUGAUUGCUCCUCGUACCCGAAUGUAUCGCACUGGUGACCUCGUUCGGUACAAUGAAGACGGCAUGCUUACCUACAUAGCAAGAAUGGACAUGCAAAUCAAACUCAACGGACAACGUAUUGAGCUCGGUGAGAUUGAAUACCAAUGCUCCCAGCAUAUGCCAGAAAACGUCCAGUUGGCAGUUGAUCUGGUAGCACCUGGAGCACACCCUGGACCAAAGAAACUGGCAAUGUUCUUCAGUCUUCCUGUUAGUGACGACAAAACUCGGGGCUCCGCUCAAGGCAAUGACAAGAUCCUCCUAGAGAUGGACUUGGCGGCCCGCAAUGCCGUAGAAUCCCUUGAGAAAUCAGUUGCGAAAGUCCUUCCAUCAUAUAUGAUACCGCAACUCUUCUUCCCCGUCUCCAUCAUACCAUUCACAACUUCCGGCAAGCUCGACCGUCGAAAGCUUUUUGGAGAAAUUAACGAUCUUUCCCGCGAAGAUCUCAAGAAGUUCUCCCUCUCGACUUCUGGCAAGAGAAAAGCCCCAACCGAUGAGCGACAAGUCACCCUUCAAGGCUUAUGGGAGGAAGUCCUUGCCGUUCCAAAAACAUCGAUUGGGAGCGACGAUAGUUUCUUCAGACUUGGUGGUGAUUCCCUUGCUGCAAUGAGGCUUGUGGGUAUCGCUAGGUCUCGUGGCAUUUCGCUAAGUGUUGUUGAUAUCUUCCGCCAUCCUACACUUGAGGAAAUGUCCAAGAAGUAUCAACUCGCAAAAGCAGCCAUGCAAGUUUCAAUCCCACCCUUCAGCUUGUUAAGGAACUCUGCUGUCAGAGACGCGGUCAUUGACGAGAUAGCAAAUCAGUGCAAUCUCGAACCGGACUCGAUAGCUGAUAUCUAUCCAUGCAGUGCUCUUCAGGAAGGCUUGAUCACAUCAUCGGUCCAGCAACAAGGGGCUUAUAUCUCACGCAACAUUCUCAAGCUCGGUCCUCAUGUUGACAUUAAUCAAUUUAAGGAUUCCUGGCAACAAUUGGUAGACGAGUUUGAUAUCUUGCGAACUCGCAUACCGCAUACUGCGUCCUCCGAGUUCUUGCAAGUCGUUCUCAAGCAGCAACAGAUAUCAUGGCAUCAUUCUGAUAGUGUGGAAAGUGCCCUCGAUGAUUCUUCAACGGUAUUCAAUUCUGAAAGUGGUAUGCUUGCUCGAUAUAUCUUGGUCAAAGAGAGUAGCAGCUCUGCUACUUAUUUCGUGUGGUUGAUCCACCAUGCUCUUUACGAUGCCUGGGGAUUGGCCAUUCUGCUCAGGAGGGUCCAAGAAAUAUAUUUCAAAAAGGGCCAGUCAACUACUAAGCCGUCUUACGCAUCUUUUAUCUCCUAUCUUGAGAAGAGGAACCUUCAGGAUUCAGGUGAUUUCUGGAAAGCAUAUCUUGCCAAAUCGUCACCGUCACACUUCCCUCCACUCGCGAGCCAGUUAGAAUUGGAUGGUCAAGAUACAACAUCGAAGACAUUGACACAGAAAACAACCAUUCCACAACAAUUCUUAAACCUCGGUAUCACUUUGCCAAUAUUGAUACGAGCGGCAUGGGCACUUGUUUUGUCUAGUCGUACACAAUCGUCCGACGUUUGCUUUGGAGAGACCUUAUCUGGCAGAAAUACUGACAUCCCAGAUAUCACUGAUCUCGCUGGCCCAGUACUCACUACGGUACCUACGUACGUCAAUGUCAACACAAAAUCCAAAAUUAAGGAUUACCUACUGGAGAUACAGAAGAUGUCGACAGAAAUGAUUCCACAUCAGCAUUUCGGCCUCCAGCAUAUCAAAAAGUUGGGAAAUCAACACGCCGCAAUUUGCCAAUUCAGGAACCUAAUUGUCGUCCAAACUGCGGAGGCUGCCGAUAAUGAUAACCUUUGGGAAGUACAAGACAAUGGAGACAUUGGAAGCUUCUUCACAUAUCCUCUCGUUGUAGAGUGCAAAAUUCUCGGGUCUAGUGUCGAAAUUAAUUUCCACUACGAUGAGAAUGUAAUCACUCGCUGGGAACUAGAAAGGAUAUCAUUCCAGUUAUCUCAUGUUCUACGUCAACUUGGUUCCGUCAAUACUUCUUCCACUAAUUUGCUUACGAGUAUCGAUAUGUUGAGCCCUGAAGACAAAAAGGAGAUAAAGUGGCUGAAUAAGAGGAACCCCCAGGUUGUUGAUGCAUGCAUCCAUGACCUGUUCAAGUCACGUUGUAUGGAACAACCAGACGCUCCAGCUGUCCAUGCAUGGGAUGGAGACCUUACAUAUACCGAGUUGAACAAGUACGCAUCGAGCCUAGCAGCAUACUUGAGAUCGCUCGGCGUCCAGCCCGAAGCUUUAGUUCCUUUAUGUUUGGACAAGUCUGCCUGGACUAUCGUGUCAAUGUAUGCAGUACUGAUGGCUGGAGGAGCUAUUGUUCCUCUAGACCCCUCACACCCUCUAGACAGGCAUAGGGAGAUUGUCAAGCAGAUCGGAACCGACAUUCUUCUUUAUUCGUCAAAAUACAAUGCCAAGUACGCAGGCAUUGUGCAACAUGCAAUUUCUAUUGAUGAAAGCGUGAUCAGGAAUACUCUCUCGAGAACUUUUAGCAGACAUCAAUCACGAAGUGUGAGAAGUUCCGAUGCUGCCUACGCAAUCUUCACAUCUGGCAGCACGGGUACCCCAAAGGGCAUCAUUAUCGAACACAAAGCAUUCAACACAGGUUCUGUCGCGUUCGGCGCGGCUUUGCAAAUGACGAGCAAAACUCGAGCUCUUCAGUUUGCUUCACUCAGCUUUGAUGCUGCCAUCAUGGAAAUAUUCACCACGCUUACUCUUGGAGCCUGCAUCUGUAUCCCUAGUGAAGAGGAACGUCUGCAAGACCUUGCCGGAACAAUUCGCCGGAUGAAUGUUACUUGGACGGUGCUUACACCAUCGGUUGCCAAUUUGAUUGAUCCUGUAUCUGUUCCAUCGCUUAAGGUCCUUGCAUCUGGUGGUGAAGCAAUGAGUCCAGAAGUAAUUUCCAAGUGGUCUAACAAAGUUCACUUGAUUAACGCAUAUGGACCAUCUGAGGCUUCCGUUGUAGCCCUGUAUAACCCGGACGUGUCCAAUAAUGCACCAAACAAUAUUGGAUAUGGCAUACAACCUACCACUACAUGGGUCGUCAAUCCUGAAGAUCAUAACCAAUUGACCCCCAUGGGCUCUGCGGGUGAAUUGGCCCUAGGUGGGCCUACUCUUUCACGAGGAUACCUAGGCGACACAGUCAAGACAGCCGCCGCUUUCAUUGACAAUCCUUCAUGGGCUGAAGAAUUUGCAACUGAGACCUGUGCAGGUCAACGUAUUCACCUGACAGGUGAUUUGGUCAAGUAUCGACCUGAUGGCUCUCUGGACUUUAUUGGCCGCAAAGACAGUCAGGUCAAACUAAAUGGUCAACGGAUGGAACUCGGGGAAAUCGAGCACCGUCUAGAAGCAGAUUCUCUUGUCCGCCAUGUCAUUGUUUCCAUUCCCAAAUCAGGGCCUCUUCAAAAGCGACUUGUUGCAAUCCUGUCCCUGGAUGAUACAGCAGCGGGUCGGUCAGUUGUAACUUCGGAAACAUGCCAACUUGUUGAGAAAAAUGAGGAACUGUCGCGCAUCAAGGACAAUCUUACAUCACAACUGCCAUCUUACAUGAUUCCACAGGCUUGGGCUGUCGUAAACGCAAUACCCAUGUUGGUGUCCGGUAAACUUGACAGAAAACUAGCCAAUAAGUGGAUCGAAGGUAUUUCGGAGCAGCAUUAUCAACAAAUAAUUGGUACAGAAGAUGUCGAUGAUGCUCCAGUAGAUAUGACUGGAGUUGUUGCAACACUGAGAGAAAUAUGGGGACAGGUUCUGAACCAACCUGCGGAAAAGGUUAACCUCAAUCGCUCAUUCCUAAGCUUAGGUGGUGACAGUAUUACAGCUAUGGCUGUUGUGUCUCGAAGCAGGCGACAAGAUAUCAAAGUUACCCUGCAUGAUAUACUUCGUUCAUCUUCAUUGAUAAAACUUGCCGAAACGGCGGAAUGCGGCACGCCGAACCUUCCAGAUCAUAUUGAAGUACUAGACCAGGGCUUCGGACUUUCGCCCAUUCAGCAAAUGUAUUUCCUUACUGCAAAAGGACAUCAAGGUAGCAGUCGAUUCAACCAGAGCUAUACUCUUCGCUUGUCACGGCAUCUCAGCGCCGAUAGAGUGCAAUCAGCACUUCGAGCGAUCGUAUCCAGUCAAUCAAUGCUACGAGCGCGGUUCAAAUUAAACGCUACUGGAGAGUGGGAACAACAGAUAUCAAGCGAUACUGAAUUUUCCUUCCGUUUCCGAUAUCAUCGGAUCGGUUCACUUAGUGAAGGGGUCAAAAUAGUUGGAGAUAGCCAAAGAGACGUGAACAUCUACGACGGACCUAUACUUGUUGCAGACAUGUUCUCGAGAUCUGAGAAUGAGCAGUACUUGUUCCUUGGUGCUCAUCACUUGGUUGUUGAUGUCGUCUCGUGGCGAAUCAUCCUGCAAGACCUUGAAGAUAUCCUCGAAAGUGGUUCUCUCCCGACUGACAAGCCCCUCUCAUUCCAAUCUUGGUGUAAAUUGCAGUCAGAUCAUGUCAAGCGCAGCACAGACGUCUAUAAGUUGCCUUUCAAUGUGCUCCCUGCCAACUUGGGUUAUUGGGGCAUGGAAAAUGUUUCGAACACCUAUGGGGAUGUCGAACGACGUACGUUUACUCUAGAUGAAGGGAUGACGACCUCAACUAUGACCAGUUGCCAUGAAAUCUUUGGCACUGAACCGGUAGACAUUUUCUUGACGGCAGUUAUUCACUCUUUCAGACUUGUUUUCAAAGACCGAUUUCUACCAACGGUGUUCAAUGAAGGCCACGGUAGAGAAACAUGGGACUCAAAGAUUGAUUUAUCUCGCACCGUCGGGUGGUUUACCAACAUUUCGCCAUUGCAGGUAACGCUUGAAUCAGACGACGUACUUGAUACUCUGAAGAGAGUGAAGGAUACUAGACGAAGUUCUAAAGAAGCCGGAAAAGCUUACCUGGCUCAACGUUUCUUUGCUGCAAGAGAUCGGCCGCUUCCAUCCCAGUCCGACGUGCCGAUGGAGAUUCUUUUCAAUUACCUUGGAUCAAUGCAGCAAUUGGAACGUGACGAUUCCGUGCUCCAAAAUACCGACAUGGGACUGGAAGAGGCUGAUCCACUCGAAGUGGGUGACAUGGGAUGUGAUACGACGCGAUUGGCGCUCUUCGAAAUAUCCGCGGCUGUUGUACAACAUCGACUAGAAUUUGCCUUCAUGUUCAAUGGCCGUAUGAAACGACUCAGCGAGGUCAAUCGCUGGAUGUCAGAAUGCAAGUGGAUUCUUGAAGAAAUUGUGGUUCGACUAAGGCGAUGCACCCCCGAGCCCACCUUGUGCGAUUAUCCAUUGCUUCCAAUCAACUACGACGGGCUCAAACGUUUAGUCAGAAAUUCCUUCCCCCAAGCUGGUAUAUCAAAUUAUCAAGAGAUAGAAGAAGUAUAUCCUUGUUCUCCGACGCAGGAAGGCAUGCUUCUUAGCCAGCUUCGUGACCCCAAGGCAUAUGUGUUCCAUAUUGUGUUCGAAGUGACAGGUGCAAAUCCACGACAAACUGUUGACCCUUUGAAAUUGAUCACGGCGUGGCAAAAGGUUGUUGACAGACAUGCUGCCUUACGAACAGUGUUUGUGAACAGCACAUACAAAGGAAGUUCCUUCGAUCAAGCAGUCUUGCAUAACGUGGAUAGCGACGUAAUCCAUGUCGAGUGCGAUGAUUCCGUUGUUCUCGCCCAACUUCAAUCAAUUAGUCUGUAUGAGAGAAAUGCAAGACGCAAGCAAAAGAUCCCUCAUCAGCUGACUGUUUGUGUGACUCCCUCUGGUCGAGUAUUCAUGAAGAUUGAAGUUAACCAUGCCGUCAUCGAUGGAGGCUCAACCCCUAUAUUGAUACACGACCUUCAACUCGCUUAUGAUGGGCUGCUUCCAGAUGGUCGAGGGCCCCUCUAUUCUGACUACAUCCGCUUUGUGAAAAGCCAUUCGCCCAAAGAUGACAUCGUGUAUUGGAAGCGGUACUUGUCAGGCGUCCAAGCAUGCUACUUCCCACGUCUAAAGUCCACAUUCAGUAGUCAGCGCCGUCUUGCUUCACUCCAGUUCAACUUCAGUCAUUGGCAGGAUGUACAACGCUAUUGUGAAAGGACAGGUGUGACACUGGCAAAUGUCAUUCAGGCAGCAUGGGCUCUGGUUCUUCGGAAAUAUACAGGCUCUGAUGAUGUGUGCUUCGGCUAUCUAUCAGCUGGGCGAGAUGCACCAGUUACCAGAAUACAAGAAACAAUCGGUGUUUUCAUCAACAUGCUAUGCUGUAGAGUUCGACUUUCUUCAUCGCAACUACUAGCAGAGAUCCCCAGUGUCAUUCAAGACGACUAUGUACGCGCCAUUCCCCAUCAGCGGUGCUCAUUGGCACAGGUACAGCACGAGUUAGGGUUGCAAGGAAAGCAGAUAUUCAACACAGCUUUGUCAAUUCAGAAUCACUCUGCUUCUGAAGUUGUAGACGAGGGAUCUCUUGUGUUUACGACCCAAGAAGCACAUGACCCAAGCGAGUAUUCCCUUACUCUCAAUAUCGAGACUGGAAGGGGUCAAGAAGGUAUUGUUUUCCGGUACUGGACAGACAUGUUCUCCAGUGAGCAUGCUUCCGAUAUUUCAAAAACGCUAUCAAACAUUCUUCAUGCUUUCGCUCAGGAUCCUACGGAGACUAUAUCUAGACUCAGUAAGCACGAUUCUAACAAGGCUGUUGAAAUAUUCGAGACAAAGUCCACCAAUGUCGGCCAACCAUCCCUUCAACGCGAAGACGAACUUCACGAAAUUAUGGAGAAAUAUCCUACCCUCCAGAAUCUCAUUGACGAGAGGGUUCGCAUGAUUGUGCAACAAAUGUUCACUCUGAAUCGAUCGAGUUCAUUAACACGAAACCUUUCUAACGCUACAGAUCAUGACGUUCUAGCGCUUCCCCACUCCGAGUCUGAUGCCAUUUCAAGUAUGUCCGACGAUAUCUACAGGGAAGACAUUGGGGAAUCAGCAAUUCCAGUCGCUGCUCAAAUUCAUGAACGGGGAAUACAAGCGGAUAUUGAAGAGAAGCUUCUACGUCUUUGGAGUGACAAGCUUGGGUUGCCUUUGGACUCCAUUACCAAAGAUGAUAGCUUCUUUGACCUGGGAGGAGACAGUAUCACAGCCAUGGCGCUUGUCGGUGAUGCGCGUGAUGAAGGGCUGAUAUUGACCGUUGCAGACGUUUUCCGGAAUCCUGUGUUCAAGGAUAUGGCAACUGUAGCACAAACCGCGAGUGCAAAGAGUUAUGUCGAGGAUGAGAUUAACAAUAUGAACAUCUUGGGGGGACAACCGUCGUCUUUCGCAUCUGCCAAACCUGGUUUCUACGAAAGGUUUGCUCUCAUAAAAGCGGCAAAUAUCGAUGAAGUAUUCCUACAGAAAUAUAUCUGUCCUCGUGUCGGAGUGUUUAAAGGUGGAAUAGUUGACAUUCUUCCCGUCACUGACUUCCAGGCUCUUUCAAUUACGGGUGCACUUCUAGACUCACGCUGGAUGUUGAAUUUCUUCUGCCUCGAUGGUCAUGGUCCUCUUGAUUUCCGACGUCUCAAGCAAAGCUGUUUCCGUGUGGUGCAUGCUUUUGAUAUUUUGCGAACAGUCUUCGUUGCUUCCAAGGGACGCUUUUUGCAAGUUAUACUCCGCAAAGUUCGACCUGAAUUUUCUGUAUACGAAACUGAUGAAAGCCUUGAUGAGUUUACAUCUGUGCUACAACAACGUGAUAUCACUGAAGGUGUCAAACAGGGUGAGCCAUUCGUACAGUUUGUGAUUGUGAGGGAGAAGAAUACAGACAGACAUCGUAUUAUUCUUCGACUUUCUCACGCUCAAUAUGAUGGUGUGUCACUUCCAAGAAUCCUAUCUGCCAUCAAAGCAGGCUAUGAAGGCGGGCCUAUCCCUUCGCCUGCGUCUUUUGCCAACUUUGUACGUGAGUCGGCGAGAAUAGUGACGGCAGAUCAUUAUCAACAUUGGAGGACGCUACUAAGCGGCUCAAGAAUGACCGAAAUGGUAAACCGACAUGAGAGUCCGGGGUACAAGAGACUUAGGGCUAGCAAUGAAGGUUUGCGGAAGACGAUACGGGUACCAUCCAUGGCUCAUGGAAACCUCACUACUGCCACGGUCAUCAAAGCUGCCUGGGCCUUGACUCUAGCACGAAUCACGGGAAGUGCAGAUAUUGUAUUCGGACACACAAUCAGCGGCCGAAACACCGCAGCCAUUACAGGUGUUGAGUCGAUGGUUGGCCCAUGCAUGAACAUCGUGCCAGUUCGCGUUGUCUUUGGCGAGAAAUGGACCGUGCUUGAUUUACUGCGAUACAUUCAAGAUCAACAAGUCGCCAAUAUGCCAUAUGAAGCACUCGGAUUCCGACAAAUCAUUCACAAAUGUACCGACUGGCCUCGCUCAACACAUUUCAGUACAGUGUUGCAACAUGACGCCGCCAACUCUUCGAAUGAGAUUCAGCUUGGAGAAAACAUCUACACUGUCAAGGCUGUCGGUAGCGAUGAGGAGAUGUCUGACUUCUCAGUUAAUUCAAAGUCACUAGACCGCGAUCGUGUCGAGAUUGUCCUUUCGUUCUCUGUUGAUGAACAUGUUACCAUGUCACUUGCACAAAGGGUCUUGGAUAUGCUCUGUGACACUGCGGAAAGCUUCACUGCAAACCCAGAUAUGGCACUUCCAUCACCUAGCUCUCUUUCUGCUCUCCCUAUACGAGAUAGCAGGAACCUUGAUAACCAAUCUCCUCAUGUAGAGACUCAGAAGCAGCAAGUGGAAGACAGCUCAAUCAUAUCAUCGCAACUAGCAGGCCUUAGCCGAGCAGAAAUCUUAGUUCUUUCAGACGUCCUCCGUCGCGCAUGGGAACAAGUUCUUGGAGACACCAGCAAUAAUAACGAGGAUGUUCCUCCACCCAUCAAACCAGACUCAUCCUUUUUCAGCCUUGGCGGAGACCUUAUCGGCCUCGCUCAAGUUGCUUGGCUCCUCGAACAAGAAGACUUUAAAGUCAGGCUGGACGAUCUGAUUGAACGUCCCACCAUGAUGGGCCAAAUGGCCGCUCUUGUGGAAUCAAAUAGCGUGACUGCGCAGCGAAUGAUGGCCUCGUAUCAUGCUGGUGUUGCUGCUUCUUCAGCGACUACUACGAGUGCAACUGGUAGUGUUGCCGGUGAAGAGCCACGUUCGGCCAGUAAUAAUAAUAAGGGCGGACAACUACGAAAGUCGAUGACUUGGGCUUCGGCGUUUGGGUUGGCCAGGAAGAUUGUGAAGAGGAAGGUUGAAGUGGACGGUUAA